AUGCAGUGCUGGGGCUCUCGACCUGUGUACCUCCAAUGCGUCCGGGACAGGCAACCGAGGACAACACGGGCCGAGGCGGGGAGUGCGGGGCGGGCCCUGAUCGACAUGAUUUCUUCCGACAUCUCCGGCUGGGCCAGGGAUUGCUUCAUCUUGCUUCAUCCACAGCACUUGACCUUUUCAAAUUUGCAUCAUUUCGACGCAACUUGCCCCUUCUGUGGUUACAUUCUCCCCAAAACCUGCAGCAGAUUGUACAAUUUUCGCAUUCCCUUGAGACUCGCGCCCUUGGACAGAGACCGCGUUCACGGAGUAACCGUGAUGAAGGUCCGGGCGCCGCACCCUUUCCUCUUGUUGUUUUUGGCCAGCAACAGCGUCGUAGAAGGAACAAUGAAGUGGAAGAAUCUCACGAGGCCGACGCCCAAUGUCCCGCUAGCGCCCGUACCACUUCCUGAGCCUGGGGCUGCCCGGGAUGGCGCAGAGAUUGUGAAGCAGUUGACGGGGUUGUCUCGGUCGAGUAUGAGUGGUGGCCAGGGUGCGAGACUGGAUCUUGUCAAGGUUAUUGAGCUUGAGGGGGAGUUAUGGGAGCCGGAGGGAAUUGUGAGGCUUGCGGGUGGUGAUAUGGAGGGGAAUGACAGAGAACGAGAUCCAGUGGACGUUGAUGAUGAGGAGAAUGGUGAUGAGGAAAGGUUUUGGGUUUCGGCAGGGGAGUAUACCGUCCCGACGGAGAAGUAUCCUGACGGAAAAUGGAUUGAUGGGACGGAUCGGAGUGCCGGGGCGGGCUUUGCGCAUUUCGUGGUGUUUGACGGGCGCGGAAGACGUGUUGGGGACUGGGUUGUUUCCGAGGAAGGGGACUUGGAGUACCGACCGAAUUCGACGGCAACAGUGGUGAGGGUUAAUCCGGUCAGCGUGGAAAUGGAGAGGGUCUUCCAGGUGGCGGAUCACCAGGGUGGGAUCGUGCAUGAUGUCCACAAUGGGACGUUGACGACAUUGGGGUGGGGUGGGAGAGUUGCGAGGAGAUGGGAUAUCAGCAAGGCCGGGAUGACAUGGGAGGGCGAAACUGGCGGUGGGAUAGGAAAGGGGAAACAGGCUCAACUUGGCAAACGGGGUGAAGUGGAUUACAAUGGGGAAGUCGACGGACCUCAGACAACAAUCGUGAAUCCUUCACACUGGAUCGAUUACCAAGACUGUAAAUCUCUCGGCAUCGUCGACGGGAGGCAUCUGAUGCUUUGUUCCGGCAUCGCGAUGCUGGCGCCGGGGUUGGAGGUGGGUGGGUUGGCGAUUGUUGAAGUGGAAGGGAUGGUUCCUUUGUGGGAGGUGCCGUUCAUGGAAAGAACAGGGGUUAUGCCGUGGACGGGGGAUGAGGACCACAUAGAAGCGAGCAUGGGGAGGAAGAGCGUGUUGAUGACGAAGAACCCGAUGGAUGUUGCUGUCGUUGGGGGACGAGUGAGGCUGUAUUUUGCGCCGGAAGAGGGCAAGAGUAGAAUUUUUGUUUAUGAGGUACGUGAGGGGUGA